AUAGAAUUCAUUUUUAGUAAAAAACAUUCUGUGGCUUUACGCCACAGCCACUCAAAAAUCCCGCCGCUGCAUGCAUGACUUCAGCUUGAAUAUCUCCGCGCAGGAAGUUUCCUUCUUUUCAGCUUCCUGUUUUAUACGGGCCGUAUACAAGAGUUCGGAAUAGCUAAAAAUGGCACCGAAACGAGGAAAGGUACAGAAAGAGGAAGUUCAGGUUUCCCUUGGACCUCAGGUUCGCGAAGGUGAAAUCGUCUUCGGAGUUGCUCAUAUUUUCGCCAGUUUCAAUGACACUUUCGUUCACGUAACGGAUUUGUCCGGCAGGGAAACCAUUGCACGAGUCACCGGUGGUAUGAAAGUCAAAGCCGAUCGUGAUGAGGCUUCACCUUAUGCCGCUAUGUUGGCUGCUCAGGACGUUGCUGAAAAAUGCAAAUCCCUUGGAAUCACAGCUCUCCACAUUAAGCUCAGAGCAACUGGUGGAAACAAAACAAAAACACCAGGACCAGGUGCGCAGUCCGCGCUUCGUGCUUUGGCUCGUUCGAGCAUGAAAAUCGGUCGUAUUGAAGAUGUGACGCCAAUUCCAUCAGAUUCGACGCGCAGGAAGGGAGGUCGUCGUGGACGCCGGCUUUAAGCUAUUACUUUACGCGUUAUGUAUGGUUUACUACCUUACAAAAAAAAUAAACAUCUAAAAAAACAAA